CACACGCACAGUUAGGCGGAGCUUCCAACCUGCCAAGUGCCAACCUCCCUAGUUUUCAUCGACACCUCCUCUGUAAUCCCUACAAACUUCUUCAAAUCUCGACUUCUUCACCCGUUCUCUAUAUUUCCUGACCAAAGCACUUUCUCUACCUUUCUCAGAAACGCCUGCUAAUUUGGAUCAGCAUCCUCCAUUAUUAUCGCAUUCUAGAGGCAUUCGUGUUUCCUUUUGUUCUGAAAAUGGAUGCCACGAUGCAUAUGUGCAAAUCUGUCACCUCGCCUCCUGGUUUAUUCGUGGGGAGAAGUGGAGGAAUCAGAAGCUCCCAAUGCAGCUUCAUGGUGGGGAAUAGAGUGAAUUUUCCCAGGCAAAGUGCUCGGAGUGUACAAGUUAGUAGUUACAAAUCUAAAAAGCGUGGAGGAGCUCUGUAUGCUACAUGUCGUGCUGACAAAAUCCUGGUGGCAAAUAGAGGAGAGAUUGCUGUUCGGGUCAUUAGAACUGCGCAUGAGAUGGGAAUACCCUGUGUGGCCGUGUACUCAACCAUAGACAAGGAUGCGCUUCAUGUCAAAUUGGCUGAUGAAUCAGUUUGCAUAGGCGAAGCGCCGAGCAACCAAUCGUACCUGGUGAUUCCAAAUGUUUUAUCUGCUGCAAUCAGCCGUAAAUGUACAAUGCUGCAUCCUGGGUAUGGCUUCCUUGCUGAGAAUGCAGUAUUCGUUGAAAUGUGCAGAGAACAUGGAAUCAACUUUAUUGGGCCCAAUCCUGACAGUAUCCGUGUUAUGGGUGAUAAGUCAACUGCUAGAGAUACAAUGAAGAAAGCAGGCGUGCCCACUGUACCAGGAAGUGACGGAUUGUUGCAGACCACAGAAGAAGCUAUCAGGCUUUCCCAUGAGAUUGGAUUUCCUGUUAUGAUCAAGGCAACGGCAGGUGGUGGUGGCCGUGGGAUGCGUCUAGCUAAAGAACCUGAUGAGUUUGUGAAGUUACUGCAGCAAGCCAAGAGUGAGGCUGCGGCUGCUUUUGGAAAUGAUGGAGUUUAUCUGGAGAAGUACAUUCAAAAUCCAAGGCACAUUGAAUUCCAGGUUCUUGCGGAUAAAUAUGGUAAUGUCGUCCACUUUGGAGAGCGUGAUUGCAGCAUCCAGAGACGGAACCAAAAACUGCUGGAAGAAGCACCUUCUCCUGCUUUGACCCCUGAGUUGCGGAAAGCUAUGGGUGACGCAGCAGUUGCAGCAGCAGCAUCCAUUGGUUACAUUGGUGUUGGAACAGUCGAGUUCCUUUUGGAUGAAAGAGGUUCCUUCUACUUUAUGGAAAUGAAUACUCGGAUCCAGGUUGAGCAUCCUGUGACAGAGAUGAUUUCCUCUGUGGACUUGAUUGAGGAACAAAUUCUUGUAGCUAUGGGUGAAAAACUCCGGUACAAACAGGAAGAUAUUGUGCUCAGAGGACAUUCAAUUGAAUGCCGAAUCAAUGCAGAAGACGCCUUUAAGGGAUUUCGACCUGGACCAGGGAGAAUAACCGCAUAUCUGCCAUCUGGAGGACCGUUUGUUAGAAUGGAUAGCCAUGUUUAUCCUGACUAUGUGGUUCCUCCUAGCUAUGACUCCCUUCUUGGAAAGCUUAUUGUCUGGGCUCCAACAAGAGAAAAGGCAAUUGAGCGCAUGAAAAGGGCUCUUGACGACACUAUUAUUACAGGGGUUCCUACGACCAUUGAAUACCAUAAACUUAUCCUUGAUAUAGAGGAUUUUAGGAAUGGUAAAGUUGAUACUGCUUUUAUCCCAAAGCACGAGCAGGAAUUAGCAGAGAUGUAGUGCAGUUGAAGAUGGUAAUUCCUUUUCCCUCCUAAGCUGGACUUCAUACCCCAGAAACUGGUGCCAGUGAUCCGGAGCAAAGAACUAGCUGGUGCAGCUGCUUAGAUGGAUCUCUUGCUCUGGCAUUGCAAUCCUCCUCAGUUCCUGUCAAGCCAAAAUUUACAAAUUCAAAAUGCUCACUAUUUGUUGUGCUGGAAGAAGCUACACGGAGUGCUGUGAUCUAGAUGCUGCAGAUUAUGCCUCCUGUGUGCAAAGACCCUUGUUUAUUUUUAUUUAUUUUUUGUCUUUCUGAUAGAAGCCUGAGUAACUUGGUGUCUUCUCAGCUUAUUAUCUCAUUAAAGCUUUUUCCUUUAUUUUUUUAUGAAAAAGAGAGAAGUAGCUGCACUUAAUAGAGUCAGAGACUGAUGAAACAAACUGAACUCUAUUAGUAAGACAAGACAUUGAUUAUUAUGUUCAAAUCACACAAUAUAUUGUUAGUUUUAUGUGA